GGCUACCCUCCUUAUGCAACUUUUUGACAUUGUUCAAAAGCAAGGCUAAUGUUCCUUCACUUCCAUUUGCUGAGGGCCCUAGAGAGCCGGCCCAGCCAGACCUUAUGCCCUGCUUCCUGCAGCCCAGGCAGAGGCCGGCCUCCACACUGUACAGGUGGGGAAACUGAGCCGUGCCUGUGACCGCAUGGCUAGGACACUCGCAGCCCCGGCCCUCUGCACCAGCCCUCAGACCUCCCCCUCUAUGGCCGGCGGGCUCCUUACUUAGCUUUUGGAACCAGAGACAGCAAAACAGAGCUGAACUUCGUCACCCAGUCCCCAGAGCUGGCAAGACAUGGGCCCUAUUUUCCAAACCCUGACGCCUUUCAUUUAACCAGAAGACGUGGAGGGAUGCAGAACCUGAGGUUCAAGUUGACCAAUGACUAGCUCAAGGCCACCCGAUGGAGCCACCGCCCCUGACCAUGUAGAUGCCAGCUCCAGGGAGCAGCAUGGGCCCCGCUGAAUGGAGACUCCUGGGUCUACAGCCCUGAGCCCCUCCGGCCCCUGGACCUUGCCCCACGCCUGGGGACACCCCUCAGAGCCCACCGCCACUGUCGCCAGCCCACCUCGGCUGCCCCCUGGAGUCAGCUGCCAGGAGCCACAGCCGUCCAGUGAGGUUGUGCUGAGGACAGCCACACGGAGCCAUCGCCUGGCAGCCUCCCGUCCAGCACUGACCCUCGGACCCACCCCGAGCGGGGACUGCAGCAGACAUGGGUGACAUGACCAACAGUGACUUUUACUCCAAAAACCAAAGAAAUGAGUCGAGCCAUGGGGGCGAGUUUGGGUGCACGAUGGAGGAGCUGCGCUCCCUCAUGGAGCUGCGGGGCACUGAGGCCGUGGUCAAGAUCAAGGAGACCUACGGGGACACUGACACCAUCUGCCGGCGCCUCAAAACCUCACCUGUCGAAGGUUUGCCAGGCACCGCUCCAGACCUGGAAAAGAGAAAGCAGAUUUUUGGGCAAAACUUUAUACCUCCAAAGAAGCCAAAAACCUUCCUGCAGCUCGUUUGGGAGGCACUGCAAGACGUGACGCUGAUCAUUCUGGAAAUCGCGGCCAUCAUCUCCCUGGGGCUGUCCUUCUACCACCCGCCCGGUGAAAACAACGAAGGAUGUGCAACAGCCCAGGGCGGGGCAGAAGAUGAAGGGGAGGCGGAGGCGGGCUGGAUCGAGGGGGCCGCCAUCCUCCUCUCGGUCAUCUGCGUGGUCCUGGUCACGGCCUUCAAUGACUGGAGCAAAGAGAAACAGUUCCGGGGCCUGCAGAGCCGCAUUGAACAGGAGCAGAAGUUCACCGUGGUCCGGGCUGGCCAGGUGGUCCAGAUCCCUGUGGCUGAGAUCGUGGUUGGGGAUAUUGCCCAGGUCAAAUAUGGCGACCUCCUCCCUGCAGACGGCCUCUUCAUCCAGGGCAAUGACCUCAAGAUCGAUGAAAGCUCCCUGACGGGGGAGUCUGACCAGGUGCGCAAGUCUGUGGACAAGGACCCCAUGCUGCUGUCAGGGACUCAUGUGAUGGAGGGCUCCGGACGGAUGGUGGUGACCGCCGUGGGUGUGAACUCUCAGACCGGCAUUAUCUUUACCCUGCUGGGGGCCGGCGGUGAGGAGGAAGAGAAGAAGGACAAGAAAGGUGUGAAGAAGGGGGAUGGCCUUCAGCUACCAGCGGCCGAUGGUGCGGCAGGUUCAAAUGCUGCAGAUAAUGCAAAUACCAGCCUAGUCAAUGGUAAAAUGCAGGAUGGCAAUGUGGACGCCAGCCAGAGCAAAGCCAAACAGCAGGACGGGGCGGCCGCCAUGGAGAUGCAGCCCCUCAAGAGUGCCGAGGGCGGCGACACUGACGACAAGAAGAAGGCCAGCAUGCACAAGAAGGAGAAGUCGGUGCUGCAGGGCAAGCUCACCAAGCUGGCCGUGCAGAUCGGCAAGGCGGGCCUGGUGAUGUCCGCCAUCACGGUGAUCAUCCUGGUACUCUACUUCACCGUGGACACCUUCGUGGUCAACAAGAAGCCAUGGCUGCCCGAGUGCACGCCUGUCUACGUGCAGUACUUCGUCAAGUUCUUCAUCAUUGGUGUGACGGUGCUGGUGGUCGCCGUGCCCGAGGGGCUCCCUCUGGCUGUCACCAUCUCACUGGCCUACUCGGUGAAGAAAAUGAUGAAGGACAACAACCUGGUCCGCCACCUGGACGCCUGUGAGACCAUGGGCAAUGCCACGGCCAUCUGCUCGGACAAGACGGGCACACUCACCACCAAUCGCAUGACGGUGGUGCAGGCCUACGUGGGCGACGUCCAUUACAAGGAGAUCCCCGACCCCAGCUCCAUCAACGCCAAAACCAUGGAGCUGCUGGUCAGCGCCAUUGCCAUCAACAGCGCCUACACCACCAAGAUUCUGCCCCCGGAGAAGGAGGGCGCCCUGCCCCGGCAGGUUGGCAACAAAACAGAGUGCGGCCUGCUGGGCUUCGUUCUGGACCUGAAGCAGGACUACGAGCCUGUGCGCAGCCAGAUGCCGGAGGAGAAGCUGUACAAGGUCUACACCUUCAACUCCGUGCGCAAGUCCAUGAGCACCGUAAUCAAGCUGCCAGACGAGAGCUUCCGCAUGUACAGCAAGGGCGCUUCGGAGAUCUUGCUCAAGAAGUGCUGCAAAAUCCUCAACGGGGCGGGUGAGCCCCGGGUCUUCCGGCCCCGCGACCGGGACGAGAUGGUGAAGAAGGUGAUUGAGCCCAUGGCCUGCGACGGGCUCCGUACCAUCUGCGUGGCUUACCGCGACUUACCCAGCAGCCCCGAGCCCGACUGGGACAACGAGAAUGACAUCCUCAACGACCUCACCUGCAUCUGCGUGGUGGGCAUCGAGGACCCCGUGCGGCCCGAGGUCCCGGAAGCCAUCCGCAAGUGCCAGCGAGCAGGCAUCACUGUCCGCAUGGUCACCGGUGACAAUAUCAACACAGCCCGGGCCAUCGCCAUCAAGUGUGGCAUCAUCCAUCCUGGGGAGGACUUCCUGUGCCUUGAGGGCAAGGAGUUCAACCGGAGAAUCCGCAACGAGAAAGGGGAGAUUGAGCAGGAGCGAAUCGACAAGAUCUGGCCAAAGCUGCGGGUGCUGGCUCGCUCCUCCCCGACGGACAAGCAUACCCUGGUCAAAGGCAUCAUCGACAGCACGCACACGGAGCAGCGGCAGGUGGUGGCCGUGACGGGGGACGGCACCAACGACGGGCCCGCGCUCAAGAAGGCCGACGUGGGCUUCGCCAUGGGUAUUGCAGGCACAGAUGUGGCCAAGGAGGCCUCGGACAUCAUCCUGACGGACGACAACUUCAGCAGCAUCGUCAAGGCGGUGAUGUGGGGCCGCAAUGUCUACGACAGCAUUUCCAAGUUCCUGCAGUUCCAGCUGACGGUCAACGUGGUGGCCGUGAUCGUGGCCUUCACGGGCGCCUGCAUCACGCAGGACUCCCCUCUGAAGGCCGUGCAGAUGUUAUGGGUGAACCUCAUCAUGGACACGUUCGCCUCGCUGGCGCUGGCCACCGAGCCCCCCACGGAGGCCCUGCUUCUGAGGAAGCCGUACGGCCGCAACAAGCCCCUCAUCUCGCGGACCAUGAUGAAGAACAUCCUGGGCCACGCCGUCUACCAGCUGACCCUCAUCUUCACCCUGCUCUUUGUUGGCGAGAAGAUGUUCCAGAUCGACAGCGGGAGGAACGCACCCCUGCACUCGCCACCCUCCGAGCACUACACCAUCAUCUUUAACACCUUCGUCAUGAUGCAGCUCUUCAACGAGAUCAACGCCCGCAAGAUCCACGGCGAGCGCAACGUCUUCGACGGCAUCUUCCGGAACCCCAUCUUCUGCACCAUUGUGCUGGGCACCUUCACCAUCCAGAUAGUGAUUGUGCAGUUUGGUGGGAAACCAUUCAGCUGCUCUCCGCUGCAGCUGGACCAGUGGAUGUGGUGCAUAUUCAUCGGGUUAGGAGAGCUCGUCUGGGGCCAGGUCAUCGCCACCAUCCCGACCAGCAGGCUCAAGUUCCUCAAGGAGGCGGGCAGGCUCACGCAGAAGGAGGAGAUCCCGGAGGAGGAGCUGAACGAGGACGUGGAGGAGAUAGACCACGCCGAGCGAGAGCUGCGGCGGGGCCAGAUCCUGUGGUUCCGAGGCCUGAACCGGAUCCAGACCCAGAUCCGCGUCGUGAAGGCGUUCCGUAGCUCUCUCUAUGAAGGUCUAGAAAAGCCUGAAUCUCGAACCUCCAUCCAUAAUUUCAUGGCUCAUCCCGAAUUCCGGGUCGAAGAUUCACAGCCCCACAUCCCCCUCAUCGACGACACCGACCUGGAAGAAGACGCCGCGCUCAAGCGGAACUCGAGCCCGCCGUCCUCGCUCAACAAGAACAACAGCGCCAUCGACAGCGGGAUCAACCUGACGACCGACACGAGCAAAUCAGCUACCUCUUCAAGUCCAGGGAGCCCCAUCCACAGCCUGGAGACGUCGCUUUAGCUGAGGACCCCGCCACCACCCACCUCCCGGGCAGCCACCCGUCCAGGCACCCGACUCACCCAAGCAGCAACGAGCAACAGCAGGAAACCAAAUACUGGCGAGAAAACCGUUUCCACCCAACAGACCCUUUUACUGGCUGCGAUGCUGUUUGAACUCUUUUUCACUUUGAGGCGAGGGCGGGAUCUCCUCCGGGGGCUUAAGGGAGUGAGCGGUUUUUUCCCAGAACUAGCCCUUCCUGGCUCCCACCCGACAUGGACCAGCCAUGCACCCGCCCGGCGCCAUGUCCCCUGCAUGAAUGUACUGUACACUUCCGGUCCUCCCCUUGUUUGGUUUUUCGGGGGUUGGGGAGGGGUUUUUUUUUGUUUGUUUGUUUGUUUUCUUAGGCGGGAACUGCAGACAGACUCUUUUCUGAGACUAUUUAUCCAAUCCACCGGUCUGUGAGUUUUUGAAAUGCUUGCGCAGCAUGGUCUCAGUUGUAUAGGUUAAUUUAACAACUUUUUGAAAUUGCAGAGCUUAACUCGCCUAGUAAAUUUGCACCAAUGGAACCGAAGAACUUCAGACACUCACAAGGUUAUAUCCAUUUCUUUGUAUCUAUAUCAACGUAUACUUCCCCAAGA